GCGGGUGCGGUUCGCGCUCCCCGCUCCUCCCGGCCGGGGCGAGGCAGCAGCGCCGGGAUCCGACCGAGCGGCAUCUCCCGUGCCCGCGGGGAGCGCCGGGCCCAGAUGGCUGAGAACACGAGCAGGGCCCUGCAGGACGUGCUGGGCUCUUCUCCUGAUGAAAACGAGUUUCCUGUUGGAUACCCCACCACCAUCUGUGAGGACGUGCCUGGGCAGAAGUACCUGUGCAGCAACUGCAACAACAUCCUGAAGAAGGCCCUGCAGACACUGUGUGGGCACAGGUACUGCUCUGCCUGCCUCGCCUGGAUCGUCCGAAACAACAAAAAUGCAAUUUGCCAGAAAUGUAAGGAGGAAGAUCCCAACAUUUUAAGUGAGGAAAGCCUACUGGCAGAAGAAAGGGCUUUUGGUGAUGCUGCCAUUAAUAAAGAGAUUUCUGAACUCAAAGUCCACUGUGUGACCCUUGGAUGCAGUUGGUCUGGUAUCAUGAAGGAUUUUGAAGAGCACCAGAGCUUAUGUGAAUAUGCUUUAAUCCCCUGUCACACUGGUUGUGGGCACGUGGUGAUGAGGAAAAAACUGGCAGAUCACUUGGAAAAGGGCUGUGUCAAUAAUGUGACCGUGUGUCAGCAGUGCCAGCGCAGCUUGUCCAGCACUGAAUACCAAGAGCAUUCAUGUGAAGACAAUUUCUGUAAGGAACAAAACCACGUGCAAACAGAAACAGCAUCCAAGGAAAAGAGCCUCUCUACCCCCUCAGCCAACAAGGAUGGCUGUCGCUUUUCUGAAGUGGGCUGUUCAUUUAGGGGAGGCAAAGAGAAGAUGAAGGAGCACGAAAAAUCUGCAGUUGGGGCCCACAUGCUGCUGCUGCUGCAGCACAUGAGGCAGCUGAGGGGAACCUUGUGCUCUGCUGCCAAGGCUGCCCACGGUGCCACCCCACAGCCGGAGCUGAACGGGAACAGGGCAGGAAAAAGCCUCUCCAGCCUGCAGAUCCCAGCAGGGCCGGACAGCAGUGGGGAUCUGGAAGUGGAUUGUCUGCCUGGAUCUUCUCUUUCUGAGGAUGAGUCUGUUCUGCAACAACUCAUGAGGGAGAAGGUGAUUUCCGAGCUGGAAAAUAAGCUGCACGUGUUCGAGAACAUCGUGGCAGUGCUCAAUAAAGAGGUGGAGAGUUCCCACAUGGAAAUCAUGGCCUUCCGGAGGCAGAGCGAGCUGGACCAAAACAUAAUCCGAGGCCUUGAGCUGAAGAUUGCAGAGCUGCACCGGUGCCUGACGCAGAAGGACGCGGGGCUGAGCAGCCUGCACAAGAGCCUGCUGUUCUCAGAGCAGGCCUCCUACGAUGGCAUCUUUCUCUGGAAAAUAACAGACGUGGGCAGGAAGCUCCAAGACUCUGUGACUGGCAGGACAGUGGGGUUGUAUUCACCAGCUUUCUACACUGCGAAGUAUGGCUACAAGGUGUGCCUGAGGGUGUACCUGAACGGGGAUGGCACAGGGAAAGGGACCCACAUGUCCCUGUUCUUCGUGGUCAUGAAAGGAGAUUACGACGCUUUGCUCCCGUGGCCCUUCAGGCACAAGGUGACGUUUAUGCUGCUGGACCAGAACAACAGGGAGCACGUGAUCGACGCCUUCCGGCCGGAUUUGGCCUCCGCGUCCUUCCAGAGGCCGGUGCACGACAUGAACGUGGCCAGUGGCUGCCCCACCUUCCUGCCCCUGGCCAAGCUGCAGUCCCCCAAACACGCCUACGUGAAGGAGGACACGCUUUUCCUCAAGUGCAUCAUCGAAACCAAUUAG